AUGAGUUUCCCACGACACAGGCACAGUGUAUCCGAGCCUCGCUACGACGACGAGGACAUGAAGAUGUAUCCCGUCACCACCAAGCAACAGCAUGCUCUUGAUAUCGAGGACCAAUUCAUCGCGAGUGAUCUAUCCGGUGCCAAGAUGAAUGAAAAACACGAGGACAACUCAAUCCCUCGAGAGGGUCUCACCCUUCGACAACGCUUAAAGCACUUUACCUUUGCUUGGUACUCCUGCACUAUGUCAACUGGCGGCGUCGCCUUUACCCUCUCAGUUAUUCCUAAUCGCUUUCCCGGCCUCACCCAGAUUGGCCUCGGGCUCUUCGUUAUUAAUGUUAUCCUCUUUAUAACCUUCACCGCUCUUAUGAUUGCUCGCUUUAUAAUUCACCCAGGCACCUUACGACACGCCUUUCUUAAUCCACACGAAGGUUUCUUCUCCGCUACCUUUUGGCUGACUCUAGCCACCAUGAUGUCCAAUAGUACCGCAUAUAUCCUACCCCACGCCGGAUCUUGGCUUCCUGUCGUCCUACGCUACUCAUUCUGGACCUACACAGCUCUGGUCACGGCUCAUGCUAUCUUCUACUAUAAUAUCCUAUUUACUCAUCACAAAUUAGUCAUUACAAAUGUUCUCCCUGGCUGGGUCCUGCCAAUCUUUCCACCUAUGCUUGUUGGCACUUUGGCCUCUGCCAUUGCUCGCAGUCAACCACCACAGCAAGCCUUGACCAUCCUCGUCGCCGGUCUCUCCUAUCAGGGACUCGGUAUGAUGAUUGCCAUAUUCAUGUACAGCCUUUAUUUUGGUCGUCUGCUAACCUGCGGCUUACCGGUCGAUAUGUCACGCCCUGCCAUGUUCAUUGCUGUUGGCCCACCAUCAUUCACCGCCUUGGCAUUUAUCGGAAUGGCCCAGAGUGUCACUCAAGCUGAUAUUUUUCAAACUGACAUUGGUUUGGAUGGAAUCGACUCUGCUCUCAUUGCUCCAAUACUCCUCCUACUCGCGCUCAUUGCUGCCAUCUUCCUCUGGAUGCUCUCCUUUUGGUUCUUCGCCAUCGCGCUCCUUGCCACCAUCGAAGCCAUUCCCCGCAAUGACUUUCACCUCAAUUGGUAUGCCUACGUUUUCCCGAAUGUUGGCUUUACCAUUGCCACCAUCAAGAUAGGUGAGAGACUUAUGGCACCCGCAAUCCUUGGUAUCGGCAUUGGCAUGGCCUCAGUCAUCUUUGUACUUUGGGUGUUGAUUGUAGUGUGUCACAUCAAGGCAGUCAUUAACAAGCAAAUCUGUUGGCCUGGAAAGGAUGAGGAUGCCCAUUGA